AUGAAUACCUUGGGAGAGAAUAAUGUGAAUGUAGUACACAUCAGACAAGGCAAGGAUGGACUCAGCCCUCUGCAGCAGCAGCAGAGUCAUCCUGUUGCCAUCUUGAAGUUUCAAUCCUUUAAGGUUGGAGAGACUUCAUCCUCUUCCACUGGUUGCCUGACUGGAAAACUCGAGGCUCGAAUGGAUAACUUGAUGGUGAAACGAACUUGUACCCUGAAAGGGAAUCGUCAGCCGAGGUCAUCUUCAGAUCGACAAAGAUACGCUUGGGGAGUCGCUCUGUCAGGCACAACUGGCGUCGUCCUGAAAGACCUCAAAGGACAUGUCAAGAAGCUGGAGUGUGAAAUAUCACUGGAUAUUCUCCAGCGUACAGCAAUCUUGGGCACGGCCAGCAUCCUUCGCCGUGUCCUUCAGAAUUAA